AUGCGCUGUACCAUUCGUAUCUCACUUGAUAACAAUUCAUAUAUCGUGAUGAUGGCAGUGGAUGCAAUGAGUGGCGGAGCUGUUUUGAUGAAGUCCUCAGAUGCUAGUUCAACCGCUGUCGCGUUUUCUGGUGGGGUGGACAGUCUGUUGGUGGCGAUUGCCCUACACGAAGCUUACCAUUCAGAUCGGAUAAUCGAUCUUGUCAACGUGGCGUUUAUUCGAGACUCCCAGCAUCGCUCCAUAGUGACGGACCGCCAACGAGCUAUAGCUGGUUUUCUCUAUCUGCGGUCGAAAUUUCCCAGUAGAAUAUGGCGCUUGAUUCUUGUCGAUGUUACGAAAGAGGAGCUGGAGAAGAAGAGAUUGAAACACAUCGUGAAAGCUGCUGCUCCAGCACUUUCUGUUUUGGAUGAAUCCUUGGCUUGCGUGUUGUGGUUUGCCCUUCGAGGAGCCGGCAAAGAUUACGAUAGUGGAUCCGACAUCCGGUCCGAUGCCAAUGUCUACUUUGUUGGCAGUGGGGCUGACGAGUUAUUUGCCGGCUAUGCCCGACAUCGAACACGAUUCGAACGCGAUGGGGCCGGUUCUGUACCAGAGGAAUGUGAAGCAGAGCUCUGUCGGCUCGGUAGUCGCAAUGGCGGACGAGAUGCUCGAGUAGCCGUAGUCUUGAAGAAGGAGCUAAGAGCACCGUUUUCUGCAGGACGAUUUUGUAGCUUGGGUGAAUACAUUGCCAAUGGAUCAAAAGUGGGACUUGACACUGCCACGAGGUGUUGGAGAGAAGAUGAUUAUAAGACAGGUGCUACGCGUCUCUUGAGCCCCACACCGACGCCCGAACCAAACGCUAAUGCCAUUUGGAUCUGUUUUGUCAAGAUGCAGAACAAUAAGGCAUUGAAGGGUAGCGACGUGUCGCACCAUCUCUUGAGUGCUCAUCAUUCGAUUCCUACUGGUGAUCUCUAA